AUACUUUAGGGGCUGGGGAUUUAGCUCAGUGGUAGAGCGCUUACCUAGGAAGCACAAGGCCCUGGGUUCGGUCCCCAGCUCCGGAAAAAAAAGAACCAAAAAAAACUUUAAAGUCCUGUGUUCUGUGCUGAGUGAGAGCAGCAGAAGGUGGUGUGGUGCUGACUCCUGAGUUGGCCUCCAGCUUCCUAAGAAAGGGGAAAAAGAACCCUAAAUACAGCUUCCAUGUCAACAUGCAACUCAAGCAAUGUCUCAGAAUGUGAGUUAACUGUAAAUGCGCUUUCCUGGUGUUGGGUGUGAGCCCGAGCUCUUUGGCUGCACUUGCUCUUGUUAAACAGGGAUGGAGUGAGUGCAGCACCACACUGCACCUUUGUCUGAGGUGACCUUCUCACAUGUUCAAAGACCUGGUGCUUCUUAGAUUCCUGCUCCUUACAGUUUAUUAGUCUUGCCUUUGGGUUCUAGUUAUCAUUCUCUUUGCUAAAACACUUUUUUUUUAAUUAUGGGAAUUGGAGAGAUGGCUCAGUGGUUAGGAGCAAUGCCUGAACUACUUCUGAUGCCAAACACCCACAUGGUAGCUCACAUUUGUAACUCCAGUCCCAAGGGAUCCCACAGCCUCUUCUGACUAAGCCAGGUCAGUCAGUCAACAGAGACUCAAGGGAGGGAGUGAGGACUGAAAAGGGGAAAAAAAAAACUAGACAAAACUAUACCAUGACUUCAGCCGGUGCUGAGGCUGAAGCAGCUUUAUUCUUUCCCAGUCUGCUUUUAUAUCAUUCUGGGUACAUCCAAAAAACCUGGUCAGUUCUUAGAUCAAAGACAGAGUAAUCAAGCGAAGUAGUAAAAGAUCACACAAGGUAGUUAGAUUGCAAAGUAGUAAGCGGAACCCCACGGUCACUCUUUCUAAUAUUCUUAUCGGAGCCUACUUCCUUGUCUGAGCCCAGUGACAAAUGCCAAAUUCCUAGAAGCAGCCCCCAAAGCUCUCAACGACUGAGGGAAACUUUUUCAAAAGCUUUUGUUACUGGCCUGAACAGAUUAGAAAUUAUGUGGGAGAAGUGACUUGAGUAUAACAGAAGAGAUGCUAGGAUCUUAGUAUUCAAGCUUAUCUGUAGAUAAGUUUUCUUCUGAUCUAUCAUAAUUGAAUAUGUGAUGGUUCUAGUGGUUCUUCAACUCUAAAACUAGGUUUUAAAAAAUAAUUUAUAUUUUAGGUGCAUUAGUGUUUUGCCUGCGUGCAUGUCUGUGUGAAGGUGUGGGAUCCCCUGAAACUGGAGUUACAGGCAGCUGUGAACUGCCAUGCUGGGAAUUGAUCCUGGGACCUCUGGAAGAGCAGUCAGUGCUCUUAACAGCUGAGCCAUCUCCCCAGCCCUAAAACUAAUUUAUUAAACUUUACUUUCUUUGAAGAGAGGAUGUCAUAAGUAAGCUUAUUAUAGCUUAGUUGAUAAUGUUUAUAUGGAGCUCAGACCUUUGGUUCGAGCACCCUGGAUGCCAGGUCAGGAGACCCUGUCUCCAAACAAACAAACAAAACUGACAGCAUCCUUUCCAUCUUCUUGUGUUACACAGAACUGUUCAGUUUAUAGCCACUGGCAUUUUAGGCUUAAUAAAAUGUGGAGCAAUUAAAAAACUUGUCCUCAGUUACUUCGUUGUAAUUGUAAUGAGUGAGUUUUACCAAUCUGCCUUCAUGCUCUUGAAGUUUGUUACUAAGAAGAGCUGAUGAGGAGUGAGGGUCGCCCUUAUAUAAAUGAAAAUUAACAAAGUAUUUGUUUUGCAAACUUUAAUGAAUGAUUAAAUGGUGGUGUACUUUUUGGAAAUUAUACAUGAUAAUUGUUAAUUUUUAUAAUCAAAAAGUGGGUUUAUAAAUCCUUUAUAGUCAGCUUUUCAAAUUAAAAUGACUAGAAUGAAUUGCUUCCUGUUUUCCCCUGUAUAUGAUAUUGUUAACAUGGUAUAAUUGAUUUUUCAAUACAUCUUAAUCAGUCAUAAAAUGAAAUCAUCUCAACAUAUCUUUCUCUAAAAUUGCCUGACAUUCACCUUUUGUUAUCCUGCUUUAGUUUCUACUACAGAGAGGUCAAGGAAAGAUGACAAGGGAAACAAAACCUGUUUCCUCCUCCCAGAAAGGCUACACAUAUACACACCCAUAGCACGUCUAGUGUAACAUAUGUCGUAUUCCUUAUUGAAUAGAAGCUCAAAAGCAGCUCAGCAUGGUCAAAUACUGAACAUCGUAAAUUUUAUGUGACUCAUACUGCUUUAAAAGCAAACUCAAUAUAAGAAAUUAACUUUUUCUGUCCUCUACCUUUUUACUGGUAAGAGACUAUUACUAGAGGUUUAGGGCAGAAGACCUCUAGAAGGCCCAGUAGGCCAGUCCCACCUGGCCCAACAUUGCCAACCAAGCACAACAUUGGUGAAGGGUGGAAAAGCAGCUUUAGUCGGUGUGAGCACGUAGGGGAGGGCAGACGGUUCAGUGAUUGCGGAUCUGCCUUGUAUCGGCUGACAAGAACUUGAGAUGUUGUAGGGAAGGGAAACAGGCAGAGACUGAAGUUUGCACAGCUGGCAGAGCAGGUAAUCCUGGUCAGGCCAGUGGUCUGACUGGUCACUGUCCUUGUUCUGGUUCUAGAGCAGCUGCUGCCCCAUUGGCAUUUGCAUCUGCUUCCCAUAAGAUUUCUCUUGCUUUAGGAGAACCUCUGUUCUAGUCUUGGGGUGAUUUGCUCCUGUUUGGGCCUGGGAGACCUUUCCCAGCCAUUGAUAGGAGGGUUACUUCCAUUUCUCUGUCCUAAAGAUGAUUUUUCAUCUGUCCUGUUAGUCCUAAAAUCUAAGGUAACUGCAGAGCGGGAACCCAGGAGGACAAAGUUAGAGAGGGGCAGAAUGGAAUCAGUGAAGGCUGUUUGUCAACCCUAUAUCAGUGUCCCCAGUACCUAGACAUCGCUUUCUCAGAAAAUGUCACCCCAACCCCCACUCAGAAAUAAUACUCUAGCCAGAGGAAGUGAUGCACACCUUUGAACCCAGCACUCAGGAGGCAGGCAAGCAGAACUCAGGAGGCAGGCAAGCAGAACUCUGAGUUCAAGGCCAGCCUGGUCUACAGAGUGAGUUCCGGGACAGCCAAGGCUACACAGAGAAAUCUUUAUCUCAGAAAAACAACAGAAUUAAAAUUUCCUUCCUUUACUUUCUCUUCCUUGUUUUGAGACAAAGUCUCCCUCUGUAGCUCUGUGUAGCCUGGAACUUGCUCUGUACAUCAGGUUGGUCCCAAACUUGUUGCCAGCCUCCUACCUCUCUGCCUUGUAAGUACUGAAAUUAUAGGAGAAAACCAUGGUGCCCAGCAAGAAGUAAAUUCCUCUGUUGGGAAUAAAAUGCAAUGGAAGGUAUUUGUGCUCUGUGCACACCAUUGUGCAAGCGUAGUGUAGAGGUAAGAGAACUCUCAGGAAUCUGUUCUUUCCUUCCACUUUAUGUGGAGUCGAGGAGUUGAACUCUGGUUGCUCACUUGCACAUCAAGUGCUUUUACCUGCUGAGCCGUCUUGCCUCCUCCCUGCUCCCCCCUUUGAGACAGGAUCACAUGUAGCCCAGGUUGGCCUCGUGUGUUGGAGGACGACCUUAACUUCUUAUCUUCCUGCCUUCACUUGUUGAGUGUUGAGAUUGUGUGUGUUGGACACUGCAUUUACUUUACUUUUCACUGAUUAAUUAGUUUCCACCUUUAUUUUUAUUUUACGUUUAUGGAUGAUUUGUCUGCUACUUUGUGCACCACAUUUGAGCAGUGCCUAAGGAGAGUAGAAGUUGGAUCUCCUGGAAUUGGAUAUACAGGAGGUUAUGGGCCACCAUGUGGGUGCUGGGAAUCAAACCCAGGUCCUCUAGAAGAGCAGCAAGUUCUGGUAGACACUGAGCAACUUCUUCAGCCCCUACUUCUUAGUAGUGUUUUAGAUUUAUUUAUUUCUAUCUUACGCAUGUGGCUGUUUUGCUUAUUUGUGCCUAUGCACUACGUGUAUGAAGAGGCUAGAAAUGGGUGGGUCCACUGGAACAUGAGUUAGACUACUCAAGUCUGUGGCUGCUGGGAAUGGAACAUUUAUAUUCUCUCUCUCUCUCUCUCUCUCUCUCUCUCUCUCUCUCUCGCCUUUAAAGAUUUCUUUAUUGAUUUUUUUAUAUAAGUACACUGUAGCUGUCUUUGAGACACACCAGAAGAGGGCAUCAGAUCUCAUUACAGAUGGCUGUGAGCCACCAUGUGGUUGCUGGGAUUUGAACUCGGACCUCUGGGAGAGCAGUCAGUUUUCUUAACCACUGAACCAUCUCUCCAGCCCAAAGUAGAACAUUAUUAAGGAGGUCAAUCUGUAGAGAAAAUGGCCAGUUUUUUGAGUAUUCACACUGAUGUCCUAAGCAGUGGUGUUAAUGUAUUUUCUUCAUCAUACUUUAGACAUUACUAGAAAUCUGUUUUUCAGGUAAUAAUUGUACUGUACACACACUGUGGGUCAGAGGUACCAAGUGAUAGAUUGUUUGCUGUUCCUCCAGCCAUACAUACCCAUAAUGAAUCAUUUUUUGAGAUUUAUUUAAGAAACAUGAACCCCCCCCGCCCCCACUCAUUAGAAGGUUUUAGAAAGGCCGCUUUGGAGUAAAAUUCCUAUCUGCUCAGUGAGAGCUCACAUACAACUUUUAUUUAUUUAUUUUUUUUUCGGAGCUGGGGACCGAACCCAGGGCCUUGCACUUGCUAGGUAAGCGCUCUACCACUGAGCUAAAUCCCCAGCCCCACAACUUUUAUUUUUUAUUCGUACUUUUUAAGAUUUAUUUUUAUUUACAUGUAUGCAUGUGCAAUCCUGCUGAGGCUCAAAGAAGGCAUGGGUCUCCUAGAGCUGGAAUUUCAGAUGGUUGUGAGCUGCCCAGUGAAGCUAGGAACAUGCUUAGGUCCUCUAUAAGACCAGCAAGCAUUCAACCACUGAGUCACCUAUCAGGCCCUGAAAGCCUUUAGACUGGACCUCAGACUCUCUUAGAGUUGCUUAAUAGUUUUAAGUAACAAUGAUCUUGAUUUCCAGUUGUUUCUAUCAGAACAUAGAGUAGCAAAUUCUAUAUCUUACAAACUAAGGGAAUUUUAAUACUUCUUUUAUCCAAAAAGCUUUGCCCAUAUGAUUAUUGAGCCAGUGCCUUGUUAUGUAGGCCAGGCUGGUCUGAAACUCACUUUGUAGUCUACUCUGGCAUCAAAUUUGGUGUCCAUCUGUCUCAUCCUCCUGAGAGGUGGGAUUAUAGAUGUGAUCCAUUGCACCUGGCGUUAAAAAGAUGUUUUGAAUAUUCUAUUAUAUCUGUAUGGGUGUUUUGCCUAUAUAUAUAUAUAUAUAUAUAUAUAUCUGUGAUCAUGUGAGUGCCUGAUUCCCACGGAGGCCAGAGUGGGCACUGGACUUCUGGAACUGGAAUUACAAAGGCUUGUUAGCUGCUGUGCGGGUGCUGGGAAUCAAACUGGAGUCCUGUGGAGGAACAGCUUGUGCUCCACCUUUAACUGCUGAGCCAUCUUCCCAGCCUCCCUCCAGAACAGUUUUAAAAUAGCCGUUUCUUAGAUUUUUUUUUUCAGAGAAGUGUAACUUGAACCUCAUCUUUGACUACAUGGCAAAAUCCGACAUGAGCCAAGUACUAUAGUUUGGUUGUCGCCUAGAGAUUCAUAUAUUGGAAGUUUGGUCCCCAGAGUAGUCAUGUUAAGAUGUUGGGCUCUCUGGCUUCCUAUGAUCUCUUCCUCUUGCUUUAUUCUUACUGUUGGGAUGCCAUCCGUCAUGAGGUGAGAUAGCCGCUCUGACCAGAGGUGUCUUAUAUGAGAGCUUGUAUUUCAUUAUAGUAAUGAAAAAGGCACGUUGAUAUAGACUAAAGUUAAAGGAGAAUUCUUCAGCUCCUGAAAUCAAGAAGUUCUAUGGUGAUACUAGCUUUAGUCAUGAUUGGGUCUUGGGGUUUUUUAAAAAAAGAUUUAUUUUAUGUAUGUGAGUACACUAUAGCUGUCAGACAUCAGAAGGGGGCAUCAGAUCUCAUUAUAGAUGGUUGUGAGCCACCAUGUGGUUGCUGGGAAUUGAACUCAGGACCUCUGGAAGAGCAGUCAGUGCUCUUAACUGCCAAGCCAUCUCUCCAGCCCGGGGAUGUAUUCUUUGAACACUGCUUUUUCUUGCUUUGGUCUCAUUCUCCAGUUGGUAAAAGUGGCUACCCUCAGUGCUAGACUUAAAUUCCCUCACAGUUUUUAUCUGGAUAUCAGUAUCUCCUUGAUAGCAUCACUUAAAAGUCCAGAGAGCAGGCUUUAACCUGCGCGACUCGGGUCAUUAUAACUCUCCUCUGUGCAGUGGGUGUCAAGUUGGCCAUGCCACUCCAAAUCACCUGUCAGAACCAUGGGCUGUAUGACCUUUACUACAUGGCUCAAGAGUGGGCAGGAAAGGGCCGGAUGUAGCUGAGUUGGUAGACUGUUGACAUAGCAUCCACAAAGCCCUAGGUUUGAUCCUGAUAUCAUAGACUUUAAUCCCAGCAUUCUGGAGGUAGAGGUGGGAGUGGCAGAAGUUUGAGUUCAUUCUUGGGUGAGGAGAUAGCUACAUGAGACUGUCUCAAAAAGGGGGUAGGGGGUAGAAAGCAGUUUCCUCCAAAGACAUUGUAGACAGAGAGACGGAUCAAAAACAGCUUUUUAGAGGUACUAGUUGACUGUUGACUUGUGAGGAAGUGUUAACAGGUUUCCUACCAUUUGGGAUAUUCACCUCACAACUUCAUUUAGUUCUGUCUUACAGUCUUGGAGGAUGAAUGGGCUUAAAAUGAACCUUGGAGGUUGCCAAGGCUGAAAUGGUCUUAAAGUCAGGCUUACAGUCUGGAAGGAUUCUGUCACUCUUAAACCAUUGAGCAUCUCCAGCCUCUGAGGCCUUUUUUUUUUUUCUUUUCUUUUCUCUUCUUUUUUUCCCCCGGAGCUAGGGACCAAACCCAGGGCCUUGCGCUCACUAGGCAAGCGCACUACUGCUGAGCUAAAUCCCCAACCCCGAGGCCUUUUUUUUAAUGCUCCAGAGCUCCCCUUUUAGAAAAGGCCAAGGCUGAAUUUGCCAUAAAGUUGGGCCCUUACUUGGCUGCUGUUGCUUUCCUCUCCUACUUCUUGGUUCUAGCUCCUCCCAGUAGCAUACAUCUCUCUCACUGGAGUCCCCGUGAGGUCUGCUGUGGGGAUUACAGAUGAAGGCAGCAUGAAUCAGAGCCUCCUGCAUGUUCAUGCUCUUGGCUGGCUGCUGAGAGUCACAGUAAUUCAUUCCUCUUUGCGCGUGCAUUUGGAAUAUUGACUGUGGCACUUAGGGACAGAGAACAUACUGAAAAUGACACCGGUAUUACCUGCAGGUUUGUUGGCCUUAACUCAUGGCUCUAUUUCUGCCUUUAUAAAUUAUGCUGUGUCAAUGUAAAAAUGAGCUCUUGUUCCGAGCAGUAUAAGAAAUGGUUUAUUCCGAGUCAGAGCAGUGAACAUUGAUUAUUUACCCGGAGUAACAUACUCUGCUGGAAGAGGGCGCAUGAACUUUUGUCAUCACAGAACAAAAGGAAGUCAUGAAUUAGUGUGUUUACCAUGUACAUUGGUGGGGACAUCAGGAAAUGUCUUCUGUACACUUCCGAUACUUUGACAUUCUUAGCUUUGGGUUAGUAGAAGCUAAUGGUCUGCUAAAUUUGACAAAACAUAGGUGUUGUGGGGCAUAGUGGUGCAUACCUUUAAUCCUAGCAUCCAGGGGGUAGAUUUCUGAGUUUGAGACUAUCCUGAGUCUACAUGGUGACUUUCAAGACAGCUAGAACUACUUAGUGAGACCUUGUCUUAAAAAUAACAACAAGAGCUGGAGAGAUGGCUCAGUGGUUAAGAGCACUGACUGCUCUUCCAGAGGUCCUGAGUUCAAUUCCCUUCAACUCCAUGGUGGCUCACAACCAUCUGUAGUGGGAUCUGAUGCCCUCUUCUGGUGUGUCUGAAGACAGUUACAGUGUACUCAUAUACAUAAAAUUAAUCUUUUUUUAAAAAAAAGAUUUAAAAAAUAACAAAACCAUUCUAGAUGUUUUUGAAUUUAUUUAUUGUGGGUAGGUAGCACGUGUGCCAUGAUAUAUGGAUGUGAGAGGACAACUUUGUGGAGUUGGGUCUGCCCACCUUUAUGGCCUUUGUGCAUUGAACUCAGGGCUUCAAGCGUAUGCGGCAAGCACCUUUACCCUCUGAGCCAUCCUGCCUUCCCUCAUAUGAAAAGUUGUACCCAAUAGUCACAAGAAUGUUGGGUUAGAUACAGAAGUUGUUUGGAGAUGGCUAUUGAAAGGGACUAAUGGGUGGUGGGGGCAGGGGCUAGAGCGAGAGCUCAGUGGCUAGGAGCAUUUUUUCCAGUUGUAGAGGACUGACCUGUGUUAGGUUCCUAGCACCCACGUGGUAGAUUACUGAUUCAGUAACUCCAGUAGCAGGGAUUUAGCGCCCCCUUCUGGCUUCUAAGGGUACCAGGCCCAUGUGCAGACAAGACACUCAUAUGCAUAAAAUAUAAAUAAAUCUUUUAAGAUGGGGAGGGAACAGUAACAGCAUUUCGGUCUCAGUUUGAAACAGUCCAUUUCUUCGUAGUCUUGAUGGUUUAUCAGUCUCGAUGGCCUUCAGUGCAGAUGUGGCUUCCUUUGCUGCUGUUAUUGGGGAAGGGGGUUAUUUAGAUUUAUGAGACCAUUGCUUCUUGAAGAAACUGGGAAACAGAACAAUAAAAGGAAAUGGGUUUAUUAAUGGUUGCAGCAAACCAGGGAAGGCCCUUACUUUCACCUUUUCAGAACAGUGCUACCAGUUCCCAGGAAGCUGACACCACGACAGGGACACACUUAUGUAAGUUGUCAGACCGUGAACUUUUCCUGGGAGACAGGUGCCUCUUCUAGCUGACAGCAGUGUUGGCCCCUCUCUCUCUCAUCGCGGCAUUCUCAAAGACAGUUUAACUUCUCUGGGGUCUGUUUAGUAGCAUUUGAUAGCCAAGUGGAAGCACACAAGUAUCUCUCUCUUUAAAAAUGUAUACACACAUAUUUAAAGGUUUAUUUUUAUUUUAUGUGCAUGGAUGUUUUGCCUGCCUGUGUGUCUGUCUAUGUAUGUGUGUCUGUCUAUGUACACGUUCAUGCCUGGUGCCCUCACAGGCCAGAAAAGGGUGUCAGGUCUCUUAGAACUGGAGUUAUGUUUUUGGUGCUCAGAAUUGAACCUGGGUCUUCCAGAAGAGCACUAAGCCCCUACCCUGCCCUUUUCAGUCUCUCAGUCUGACGGCCUCAUCAUGCUGCUGCUGCUGCUGCUGCUGUUGUUGUUGUUGUUGUUUAGAUGUACAGAUAAACUAAUACAACCCACUGAGACUUGUUGUUGUCUGUGUGUAUAUUAAGGUCUGAACACUUGUAUUGGCUAACCAGUUAGGUUCAUCCCGAGGAAUGGAUAAUUCCCUCUCUCUGUGGUCAUUCAUUGCCUGUGGAUCUUUGUCUACGGGUGGGACUCAGAUUUUCAGGUAGCUCCUGAAUAUCUCCUCUCCUACCAAAGUGGUUCCAGUUCCCACUCUUUGACUUUAGUCUUGAGGGAUUGGAGAGCUAUGCUGGAUUUGGUGUGAAAGUUCCCAAGGUAUGUCUGAGACAGAUCAUAAAUAGAAUACAAGUGGGAGCCGUGAGAGGUUGUCCAGCUAGUGUCAGGUAACAGUACCCAAGAGCCAUCUCUCUAUAGCCUCUUAGCCUACUUUUAGAAGUGCUGGGACCAAUGGCAUAGGCAACACUGGCUGGCGUCAAGUCCACAGUUGGCCUGCUUUAGUCUAAGUGCUGAGAUAGCUGACCACCAUGCCCAGAGUAAGUUCAUUUUAUUCUGGCCAGUUCCCCUCUCGCCUCAGGGUAGUUUUCUCUGAAGACACACAUCACAGAAUAACUGAAGAAUGAAACUGGAAUCUUGAGCUUGAAGCAUUCUACCAUUGACCUGAAUCCCCAACUCAACUACACAAGUCAUGCACAUUUCCAAGGAAGCUGAGGACAAUGGAUUUUCCUGGUCACUUUGAGCAGAUCUUUCAGCAGUUGAACUACCAGAGACUUCAUGGGCAGCUCUGUGACUGUGUCAUCGUAGUGGGAAACAGGCACUUCAAAGCCCACCGCUCUGUGCUGGCCGCAUGCAGCACGCAUUUCCGGGCCCUGUUCUCAGUGGCAGAAGGAGAUCAAACCAUGAACAUGAUCCAGCUGGAUAGUGAGGUGGUGACAGCAGAGGCCUUUGCUGCCCUGAUUGACAUGAUGUACACCUCCACCCUUAUGCUAGGGGAGAGCAACGUCAUGGAUGUCUUAUUGGCAGCCUCUCACCUGCAUUUGAACUCUGUGGUGAAGGCGUGUAAACAUUACCUGACGACAAGGACGCUCCCCAUGUCUCCCCCCAGUGAGCGUGUCCAGGAGCAGAGUGCCCGCAUGCAGCGCUCUUUUAUGCUGCAGCAGCUGGGACUGAGCAUCGUGAGCUCAGCCCUUAGUUCCAGCCAGAGUGGCGAGGAGCCAUCAGCCCCCAUGAGCUCAUCCAUGCGCAACAAUCUGGACCAGCGGACACCCUUCCCCAUGAGACGCCUUCACAAGCGCAAACAGACUGUGGAAGAACGGGCCCGGCAGCGCCUCCGAUCCUCCAUGGAUGAAUCUGCCAUUUCAGAUGUUACUCCAGAGAGCGGGCCUUCGGGAGUUCAUUCCCGGGAGGAAUUCUUCUCCCCAGAUUCUCUGAAAAUUGUGGAUAAUCCUAAACCCGAUGGGAUGGCUGACAACCAGGAGGACAGCGCUAUGAUGUUUGAUCGGCCUUUCGGUGCUCAAGAAGAUGCCCAAAUGCCCAGCCAGUCAGAUGGCAGUGCUGGCAACAUGGCCUCUCGUGCAACUCAGGUUGAAACUAGUUUUGAACAAGAAGCUGUAGCUGAGAAAGGCAGUUUCCAGUGUGAAAAUCCUGAGGUUGGCCUUGGGGAGAAGGAGCACAUGAGAGUGGUGGUGAAGUCCGAGCCCCUGAGCUCUCCCGAGCCGCAGGAUGAAGUGAGCGAUGUGACCUCCCAAGCAGAGGGCAGUGAGUCUGUGGAGGUAGAGGGAGUGGUGGUCAGUGCCGAAAAGAUAGACCUCAGCCCCGAAAGCAGUGAUCGGAGCUUUUCAGAUCCCCAGUCCAGCACUGACAGGGUCGGGGACAUCCACAUCUUGGAAGUCACAAAUAAUCUAGAACAUAAGACCUCUUUUAGUAUUUCCAACUUUCUCAACAAGAGCAGGGGGAGUAACUUCAGCACAAGUCAGAGCACUGACGACAACCUCCCAAACACCACCAGUGACUGCAGGCUGGAAGGCGAGGCCCCGUACUUGCUGAGUCCAGAGGCUGGGCCAGCAGGUGGGCCGUCCUCUGCCCCUGGUUCCCAUGUAGAGAACCCAUUCAGUGAGCCUGCAGACUCCCACUUUGUCAGGCCUGUGCAGGAGGUGAUGGGCCUGCCCUGUGUGCAGACCUCAGGCUACCAAGGAGAGCAAUUUGGGAUGGACUUUCCCAGGUCUGGUUUGGGUCUCCACUCUUCCUUCUCCAGGGCCAUGAUGGGUUCCCCAAGAGGAGGAGCCAGUAACUUUCCAUACUACCGACGAAUAGCUCCCAAAAUGCCAGUCGUAACUUCUGUCAGGAGCUCACAGAUCUCUGAAAACCAAGCCAGUUCCCAGCUAAUGAUGAACGGGGCCAGCUCAUUUGAAAAUGGCCACUCUUCCCAGCCUGGCCCUCCGCAGUUGACCAGGGCAUCUGCGGAUGUCUUGUCCAAGUGCAAGAAGGCCUUAUCAGAGCACAAUGUCCUGGUUGUGGAGGGAGCUCGAAAGUAUGCCUGCAAGAUCUGCUGUAAAACUUUCCUGACUUUGACAGACUGCAAGAAGCACAUCCGAGUCCACACAGGAGAAAAGCCGUACGCCUGCCUCAAGUGCGGCAAAAGGUUCAGUCAGUCCAGCCACCUCUAUAAGCACUCGAAGACGACCUGCCUGCGCUGGCAGAGCAGCAACCUCCCCAGCACUCUGCUCUGAUGGCUGUCCUCGGGGGACGGCACAGGCCAGGUCUGCACUGGAGCUAAAACCAAUGCCGGCAGGCAGCUCUUGCCCUGGACUCGGGGUCUGAGCUGUCCGGUGGCUUUCGUGAAUUUCCGCCAGUAGUAAGCAGAGAACUGUUAGUGUAGCACUUACCUGCGCAUUUCUUAGGGUGGAGGAAUGCAGUCGUAAAGUAGUUUGUCAUUGUUAAGAGUGUCACAUUUAAAAACGGAAGUGCAGAAAACAUUUUAACACUAUUUUAAAGCUCUGUGGAGCAUUUAAUUAAAUUUCCUGUGUCCCGUGAUGGCAGUAUUCCAUCCCUGGACAGCCGUGCAAAGCCUAUGUGUAACCAGGUGACUUGGUGCUAUCUGACAAAAGGCCCUGGUGACAAGCCUGUCUGCCACAGAUGCCAAAGUGUAUCCUGAGCUAGUCCCGGGCCUCAGAAGGACUGUGUUUUUUACUUCUUAUCCGAGUUGGCAGUCGCAGGCACUGCCCUCCGAUGGUGCUCACACUGGGUCCAGGUAGAUGUGCCCUUGAUAACAGGUGUACGUACCUUUGAGUACCUCUCUCUAGCAUAGGUGUUUUUAGUAAUUUUUUUUAUUUGUCCUAAAAACUAAAGUUAUAAGUGGAGUAUGUACUUGUAGGGAGUGACAGUGAGGUGUUUCUGUACGUGCUGUGUUAGCAGUGUUUGAACCAACGUGUAAUUCCGAUGCUAUAUUUGUUUGACGUAAGUGGGAAGCUGGUGUCUGUCUUUAUUCUGGUGAUAUGGAGUCCUGUGUAUGGGUUCUCAUGGUGCAUUUGCCUUUCACUGCACCGGAUGCCCCAGGCCACCCACGAUCAGCUGGUCUUGACAUUGCCACCGUCACCCCCAAGCCCUAUAGAACGCCUCUCCUGGGCGUAACCAGUCAACCAGCCUCAGCGGUGCUACUGCUGCUGUGCUUUUGUUCCUGUUCUGUGCUGGGCUCUCAAAGCCUCGCCUCAGCUUUCAGUGGUGUGGCUCCUUUAACUCAGCGUCGAGUCAUUUGAAACUUAAGUGUAGUAGCAUACGUGUCUCAGUUCUUUACAGGCUCUGGAAGAGUCAGGCAGCCUACAGCAUAGAAUUCACCAAAAAUAUCCAAGGUUCUAGGAGUGGCAUUCAAUUCUCUGUCAGGGUCUCUCUAUCCGCUGCCUUCCUGUCCACUGAUCACCAUGCUGUCAGGUUGCUGCAUCCUGACGUGCACCCAGGAGAACAGCACAGGUUCACACGUAUCUGUAAGCUCAAGUUUAACAAGAAUUCUUCUCAUACUUUUUUCAGAGAUACCAAACCAUUGUAUGCAGUUCAGAGAAAUUCAUUAACUUUAGAGAGCCACAUGUCUGUAUAUCCUAAGACAGAAGUGAGCAUGUGUCCUCUCUGGCUGAUGUGACCAUGAAGCUGUGGCCCGACCGGUGAUGCUCCUAGAGGGCAUGGCAUCCGAACUGAUUCCCAGGAAGAGCCCGAAUGGGAAGCUGGCCUCCUGCUGAGCAGUGUGGGGGGAAGAGACCACUGAAGGCAGUGGGUCACUUGAGAAAUGUGGUGUGGCUUAUUGUCAGCACCCGUUGACACUCGAUGCAGGUGGAUCUCUCCAUCCACCUUCAUAGGGACCAGUAGGAGUCAGGCAGUCAGCAUGGAGGACUGGUGAGGAGCCAAUGUCACAGGCAUAAAGUAGCAGUUGUCCCUCCUGUCUUAAAGAUGUGGUGCUUCGAGUCUACUCACCUCAGCUUCGAUACAAGCGGACUUUGCUCUGGGGCCAGUGCCGGCACUCGAUGGUGCCUGCCUGCCUCUGCUGCUGGGUGGACCUGGAAUCUCAUCUACCUCGUAGUCAGUCUCUUCAUGUGAGAAGCAAGCUUGAGGCCAGUGUCCUCCAACAUGCUGCAGCACUCAAAGCUGCCCCAGGGUCCCUGGGAAACUAGCCCAGGGCUGCUGGGACCUGGAGUUUCACUGGGAUUCUGACUGGGACUGGGGGCCUGACUUUUGAUGUUUAGCCUUAACGAUAACCCGGAAUAAUCAUGUACAAUCUUCUGGAGAUGGCAUCGAGUGUAGAGGCGCCCGUCGGGUGCUAAUGCUGGUCGAAACAUUUUAAAAUUAAAAAUUUGUCAUAUUCAUGCCUCUAAA